AUGGGUUCGUGUGACAAUAUUACAAAAUUAAACAAAGUGAAGAGCAAUAUUGUAGUUUGUGAAGAGAAGAAUGAAACUCUCCAUAAUAUGGUUACAGCAAAAGUUGUUGCAGGUGUUUUCAUAUCAAAUAUCCCAGACAUAAAUGAGUUUGACAAUAUAAUUCCAUCUAUCAUUAUUAAUCCAAUAAAUGGAAAAAUCGUACACUCUUACGUAAAGAGCCCUAACUCGAAAAGUUCUACAGCAAGCGUCUCUUUCAAGACAACAGGUCUUGGUGUUAAACCAUCGCCUAUGGUUGAUUCUUAUAGUUCAAGAGGGCCGUCGAAGAGUUGUCCAUAUGUGUUGAAACCUGACAUCACUGCUCCCGGUAGUCAAAUCUUAGCGUCAUGGCCUACAAAUCUCCCUGUGACUACUUUCGAGGAUCGUGAUCUCUUCAACAAGUUCAAUAUUUUAAGUGGAACAUCUAUGGCAUGUCCUCAUGUUGCUGGUGUAGGAGCACUUUUAAAAGGAGCACAUAAUGAUUGGAGUCCCGCGGCUAUUCGGUCUGCAAUUAUGACAACCUCAUACAUUUUGGAUAAUACUAAAGAACACAUCAAAGACAUUGGAAAUAAUAAAGUUUCAACUCCAUUAGCAUUGGGUGCCGGUCAUGUUGAUCCUAAUAGAGCAAUUGAUCCUGGUCUUGUUUAUGAUGUUGGUGUACAAGAUUAUGUUAAUCUUCUUUGUGCACUUAACUACACGCAAAAAAACAUCGCUGUCAUUACAAGAUCCACUUCUAAUAAUUGUUCUAAACUUUCGUUGGAUCUCAAUUAUCCUUCUUUUAUUGCUUUUAGCAAUAGUAAAAAUUCUACUUCAAGGAUAAUACAACAGUUUUACAGAACAGUUACCAAUGUUGGUGAAGGACAAACAACUUAUGUUGCUAACUUUACACCAAUUAAAGGGUUCAACACAAGUGUUAUCCCAAAUAAGUUGGUAUUCAAUAAGAAGAACGAGAAGAUAAGCUUCAAAUUGAAGAUUGAAGGCUCAAUAGUUUCACAAAAUGAUGAAGUAGUUUUUGGGUACCUCACUUGGGAGGAUGGGAAGCAUGUGGUGAGAAGCCCUAUAGUGGUAACUACACGCAAUUUCAGUUUGUAG